AUGACUCAUACUUACUUAUAUUUGGAUGAGCUAGAACGACGUCUGGCAUAUGUUAAAUUGAGUGAUUUUACUGGCAAAUACUAUGUCUAUUCAGCUUUUCCGGAAAUGGCAGAUUUUGCGAAGGAAGAAGAGCUUGUGUUCGCUGAUACUUACACUUCAGAACCAGUGCAUGUCAUUCGGAUUCCAUGCGAUGAAUUGCUUAAGUUGAACACUGAAGAAGUUGAGCCUGCAGUUGGCUCAUAUGAUUUUCAUGAUGUUCCGUUUGCAAUGAAUCGUUUCAUCAUUUGGCGAUCAUAUCGAUCAUGUCUGCUGGUCGAAGAACGAAGCACCAUCAGUUCUCUUCCUUUUGGUUCUUUGCGUUUCAACUUUUCUCCUUCUUUCGUUAUUCCUGGAACUCACUUCGCUUACGUAAAGAAUAAAUUAGUAUUAUUAAUACCGACACAAAUUGCCCUUUAUCGAUUCGUUUUUGGGUUUGAAAUUGAAACGCAUGAGAGGAACUUGAGUGAAAGUGUUUUGAAACUUUCCGAAAAUCGUAACUUUCUGUAUAAUUAUGAUUGCUAUGAAUAUACGACAUCAAGAUCUGCUUGUCGUGCGAGUAUUGUCCAUACUGCUAGUGAUGAAACAAUCGCUCUAUUCUCUACAACUGAUGGACAGCUUUUUCUUGUACAAAUGCGAUAUGCGGCGGGAAGUGGCACUGAAAAAGUGAAACUUGUCAAAGGCCGUGAGAAAGUUAUAAGAGGUGAAGGAUUACUGCAUCGCGUCAUGAAAGCAACUCAUCAGCUAAGUUUGGUUGUUAGUUUAGCUUCGUGUUGCGUUUACGACGAAAUUCACUUCUAUGUACUUUUCGGUGAUAAACGACUUCAUGUGUAUACAGAUGGAAAAAAAGAAUAUGAUGUAAAUCUGUUCGAAAUGUUGGUAGCAAAUAGCAGUUGUGGUGACGGACAGCAAGUGUCUGCAGAAAUGGUGAAGAUUUGUUCAGAUGAAAACUAUUACUUUGUGGUCAUUUUUUUUCAAAUUGAUAAGGAAUGUAUGGAAGGAGUGGUAGAUUUCAUUUGUGGAGUCAAGGAAGGUAUUAUGGAUAUCAUAUGCUUAUGUAAACUUCCUGAAGGCAUUCAGUAUUCUUUGCGUGCUCUCACUAUUAAUUGCUCAAAAGGUGUUAUUUUAAUUCCGUGGAGGGAAGUAAAUGAACCUCACCGAAGCAAUCCAAAAGUUAGUGUUUUGCAAGCUACGCCUCAGGAGUCUCUUUCCAUGCAAAAGUCACAUAUAUUUGAUCCAAACACAUAUCCGUUUAGCGUCGUUUUACGCUCACUUCAGCUGGUGUGCAAAAAAGGAAUUUUCAAUUGGAAGCUUUUCGAAGCUAAGCGAGAUUGGAAAAUUUUGCGAACAGCUGUAGAAAAUUACUGUGAGUCAGAGCAGUUUGAUGAGCAUUAUGGUACGGAAGAUGACUGUUCACUUCUGUUAACUCAAUCGCUGAAAGAAACGAGAAGAGAACAGUUCUGGAUGGCACUUACGAAGAUGUGCAAAGAACUGUUACAAAAUGAAUGCCUGUCAUUAGGUCUUUGGCAUUCUGUUGCUCUUGGCUUGUAUGGUACAGUACAACAGGGACGUUUCACGGUCUGCCGUCGAAGUGAUGAACAACUUCCAAGUUUAGAAUUGUUGUCAGCAAUUGAUCAAAAAAAUGUCAAGAUAUGCUGGGAUACAGCUGUAAAAUUUGCUACCAAAGGAUUGGUUGCGAGUACAAUGAGUGUAGAGGAAGGUUGGCAGUUUUUAGAUGCAUUCUCAUCUGUUUCGCAUAUUUUUGAAAGUGUUAUUCAAAAAUUCACUGAGUUAAGGCCCGUUGAUGAUUUUGACUAUACUGCUGAUUUCGAUUUACCAUUUAAUGGAUCAUUUACAAAGGGCUUAUUGGCCACCUAUUUUGUACACUUGGUUGAUGAUAGACUAACUCUUAGUCAAUGUCUUAUAUCAUUAAUGGAAUAUGUGAAGGUCGUAUAUUCGUCCCGAAAUGAAACCCAACCAGUGAAUGUCAGGUGGGAACUGGUGUUAAAUGCAUACGAAAAUUCACUCCAUGACAUGAAUCGACAGUUCACUAUUCUGUCAGAAGCAAUGAAACUACGAGUUUUUUUGAAUGAUUGUAAUGAAAUGAAUUUAGCAAACGCCUUUUUUGACAGUAAUGCUCUAUCAGUUGUAUUCCAUUACAUGCAGCAUAAGGAGUCACUUAUGGAAGAAGAUGACACAGAAGAGGAUGAGGAAUUUUCAGAAGAUGUGACUGAAAUUCCUACUAUAAAAUGCCUUGCAUCACCUCUCAGGCGUUCUAUGUCUUCUUACACACAGUUCAUCAAUAAAGUUGUUGCUAAUUCUCUAGUAGUUCUUUGGCCCGAAAAUUCAGCGAUGAUGUUAGCCAGAUUUUUAGCUGACCAUGAGCAGUUUUUGGCGUUACAGGCGUAUUGUCGAUUAAAUGAGCCAUAUAUAAGUGAGCUUUGUACAGCCUUUCGUUUUUAUGAAGGUCGUGCUUUUGCUGGAUUAGGAGAUCCAGAGAAGGCGUUGCAAUCGUUCAUGGAUGCAUUAGAAGGGGUUAGUCGAGAAGAUGAAGCACUAAAUAGAGUGCUUGCCCCAGACGGAAAUAAUCCAGAGGAACCGUUCGACGAGUUGCAAUUUUUAUUGAAGGUUAUGAGGAUUAUGGAACAUCAUGAUUUUUACGAACAAUUGGUGAACUUAUCGAGACUUGCUCUAAAGAAGGCAUUAGAAUUACAAGACGAUUAUACCAGAAUUUUGCCUGGAUUGUAUACCUCUGUAUUUAAAUUCGAGCUCAUUACGGAACGAUAUGAAAAUGCUCUCAAUACUCUACUUUCUAAUCCAGCUCCGGAAAAUCGCCGGAUGUGUCUGAGAGAACUGUUAGCGAAGUUGAUUGAGAAAAAAGAAAAUGCAUUAAUUAUAAAUUUUUGUUAUGGAAAUAUGGAUCAGCAAGUGGUCGAUAUAUUGAAAGCCAACGCCCGUGUUUCAGAUGUUAAGAAUGAUGGCUAUUUUUAUGAACUAAUCUUUGCAUACAGCGUAAAGCAAAGCUCCUACCGUCAAGCAGCAUCCAUGAUGCUAGAAUACUCCUGUCGUUUACACUCCGAGGUGCAAAGUCGAGAUAUAUUAUUUCGUCGCAGCAGAGCACUUAAUGCUGUAGCCAGUUUGCUUUCAUUACUGCCGGAUUCUGAGCAGUUUCUUGCUCUCCGUGAUCCAGUGAAUAACAUCGAGAAUGUAGCAGAAAACAAUGAAACUAUAGAAGAGCAGGACGAGGAUAUUGAAUUGGGUAGACGACACAAGAAUAAUAUUGUCAUUUUUAAUCUGAGCGAUAUAUCAAAGGAGGCGCUGUUAUCAUCUGCUCGGUUGAAGUUGUUUGAUGGUGAUAAUAAUCCACAAGUGAAGUUCGUACCACCUCCCAGUAAACCUGAACAAGUUGUCGACGAACUAAUUAACAGAGAAUUUUUCGACCGUGCGUGGGAAAUAAGCUUGGUUUUUGAUCUAAAACUGUCCACUGUAUUACAAGCAGUCACUAAAGAAUGUAUUUAUUUGGAUGCUUCUCCGUCGAAAGGCGAACCGCGAUGGGUAGCCAGAAAUCAAAGCUUUAUAAAAAAUACAUCUGGUUUGCGAGAGCGGCAUUGGGCAAUUCUGCGAGGUUAUAUGGAAGUGGCAAUGAGAUAUGCUCAAGAUUCUGAAGUACUCCGGACAGUGACACUUGUGUUGUUAGGACACCAGUGGCAUACUCGGUAUCCCGCAGAAUACGCUUAUUUACUUAUUAUGUAUGAUAGACUCCAGUCAGCUUGUGAAAUACUUGAAAAAAAGGUGAUUUUGGAGACAAGAAAUAUAACGUCUAAGAAUUCACGCACCUCAAUACCCGUUACGGAGAUCGACUGGUUGCUGUGGUUGAUAGAUAAAAAAGAUAACGAUGCUCUAAAAGAAGAUGCUGUGCAUUUGAAGAAUUGCGUCGAACAAUACUUUAUGCGUGUUGAGUCAUUCUCUAAGUCAUAA